CACGGAAUGUGAGGCUUGGCGGGCCGCAGCGCGCUCGGACGCUCGGACGGGCUCGGGGCGGCGACCCCUCGCGGACGCUCGGCUGCGCCCGGGGCCGGGGACUCGCGCUCUUGCUCGCCCUUGCGCGCUGCCCGCGCCGGCGGGACCAUGAAGAAGUUCUCUCGGAUGCCCAAGUCGGAGGGCGGCAGCGGCGGCGGAGCGGCGGGUGGCGGGGCUGGCGGCGCUGGGACCGGCUGCGGCUCCGGCGGCUCGUCCGUAGGGGUCCGGGUGUUCGCGGUUGGCCGCUACCAGGUCACCCUGGAAGAGUCGCUGGCCGAAGGUGGAUUCUCCACAGUUUUCCUCGUGCGUACUCACGGUGGAAUCCGAUGUGCAUUGAAGCGAAUGUAUGUCAAUAACAUGCCAGACCUCAAUGUGUGUAAAAGGGAAAUUACAAUUAUGAAAGAGUUAUCUGGUCACAAAAAUAUUGUGGGUUAUUUGGACUGUGCUGUUAAUUCAAUUAGUGAUAAUGUAUGGGAAGUCCUUAUCUUAAUGGAAUAUUGUCGAGCUGGGCAGGUAGUGAAUCAAAUGAAUAAGAAGCUACAGACAGGUUUUACAGAACCAGAAGUGUUACAGAUAUUCUGUGAUACCUGUGAAGCUGUUGCAAGGUUGCAUCAGUGUAAGACUCCAAUAAUUCACCGGGAUCUGAAGGUAGAAAAUAUUUUGUUGAAUGAUGGUGGGAACUAUGUUCUUUGUGACUUUGGCAGUGCCACUAAUAAAUUUCUUAAUCCUCAAAAAGAUGGAGUAAAUAUAGUAGAAGAUGAAAUUAAAAAGUAUACGACUCUGUCAUACAGAGCCCCUGAAAUGAUCAACCUUUAUGGAGGGAAACCCAUCACCACCAAGGCUGAUAUCUGGGCACUGGGAUGUCUACUCUAUAAACUUUGUUUCUUCACUCUUCCUUUUGGUGAGAGUCAGGUUGCUAUCUGUGAUGGCAGCUUUACCAUCCCAGACAAUUCUCGUUACUCUCAUAAUAUACAUUGCUUAAUAAGGUUCAUGCUUGAACCGGAUCCGGAACAUAGACCUGAUAUAUUUCAAGUGUCAUAUUUUGCAUUUAAAUUUGCCAAAAAGGAUUGUCCAGUCUCCAACAUCAAUAAUUCUUCUAUUCCUUCAGCUCUCCCUGAACCGAUGACUGCUAGUGAAGCAGCUGCUAGGAAAAGCCAAAUAAAAGCCAGAAUAACAGAUACCAUUGGACCAACAGAAACCUCAAUUGCACCAAGACAAAGACCAAAGGCCAACUCUACUACUACUGCCACUCCCAGUGUGCUGACCAUUCAAAGUUCAGCAACGCCUGUUAAAGUCCCUGCUCCUGGUGAAUUCAGUAACCACAGGCCAAAAGGGGCACUAAGACCUGGAAAUGGCCCUGAAAUUUUAUUGGGUCAGGGACCUCCUCAGCAGCCACCACAGCAGCAUAGAGUACUCCAGCAACUGCAACAGGGAGAUUGGAGAUUACAGCAACUUCAUUUACAGCAUCGUCAUCCUCACCAGCAGCAGCAGCAGCAACACCACCACCACCACCACCUACUUCAGGAUGCUUAUAUGCAGCAGUAUCAACAUGCAACACAGCAGCAACAGAUGCUUCAACAACAGUUUUUAAUGCAUUCGGUAUAUCAGCCACAGCCUUCUGCAUCGCAGUAUCCUACAAUGAUGCAGCAGUAUCAGCAGGCUUUCUUUCAACAGCAGAUGCUAGCUCAACAUCAGCCGUCUCAACAACAGGCAUCACCUGAAUAUCUUACCUCCCCUCAAGAGUUCUCACCAGCCUUAGUUUCCUACACUUCAUCACUUCCAGCUCAGGUUGGAACCAUAAUGGACUCCUCCUAUAGUGCCAAUAGGCCAAUUGCUGAUAAAGAGGCCAUUGCAAAUUUCACAAAUCAGAAGAACAUCAGCAACCCACCUGAUAUGUCAGGGUGGAAUCCUUUUGGAGAGGAUAAUUUCUCUAAGUUAACAGAAGAGGAACUGUUGGACAGAGAAUUUGACCUUCUAAGAUCAAAUAGGCUCAAGGAGAGAGCAUCCUCAGAUAAGAAUGUAGACUCACUUUCUGCUCCACAUAACCAUCCUCCAGAAGAUCCUUUUGGUUCUGUUCCUUUCAUUUCUCAUUCAGGUUCUCCUGAAAAGAAAGGUGAACAUUCAUCUAUAAAUCAAGAAAAUGGCACUGCAAACCCUAUCAAGAACAGUAAAACAAGUCCAGUAUCUAAAGAUCAGCGGACUGGAAAGAAAACCUCAGUACAGGGUCAAGUGCAAAAGGGGAAUGAUGAAUCUGAAAGUGAUUUUGAAUCAGAUCCCCCUUCUCCUAAGAGCAGUGAAGAGGAAGAGCAAGAGGAUGAAGAAGUUCUUCAGGGAGAACAAGGAGAUUUUAAUGAUGAUGAUACUGAACCAGAAAAUCUGGGUCAUAGGCCUCUCCUCAUGGAUUCUGAAGAUGAGGAAGAAGAGGAGAAACAUAGCUCUGAUUCUGAUUAUGAGCAUGCUAAAGCAAAGUACAGUGACAUAAGCCCUGCCUACAGAGACAAAUCUGGCAGUGGACCAACCCAAGAUCUUAAUACAAUACUCCUCACCUCAGCCCAAUUAUCCUCUGAUGUUGGGGUGGAGACUCCCAACCAAGAGUUCGAUGUAUUUGGCACCAUCCCCUUCUUUGUAGUGCGUGCUCAACAGCCCCAGCAAGAAAAGCAUGAAAAGAACCUUCCUCAACACAGGUUUCCUGCUGUGGGACUCGAGCAGGAAGAAUUUGAUGUAUUCACAAAAGCGCCUUUUAGCAAGAAGGUGAAUGUACAGGAAUGCCAUGCGGUGGGGCCUGAGUCACAUACUCUCCCUGGAUAUCCCAAAAGCGUAGAUGUUUUUGGCUCCACUCCAUUUCAGCCCUUCCUCACAUCAACAAGUAAAAGUGAAAGCAAUGAGGACCUUUUUGGGCUUGUGCCCUUUGAGGAAAUAGCAGGGAGCCAGCAGCAAAAAGUCAAACAGCGCAGCUUACAGAAACUCUCCUCUCGCCAAAGGCGCACAAAGCAGGAUAUGUCUAAAAGUAAUGGGAAGCGGCAUCAUGGCACACCAACUAGCACAAAGAAGACUCUGAAGCCUACCUACCGCACUCCAGAGAGGGCUCGCAGGCACAAAAAAGUGGGUCGCCGAGACUCUCAAAGCAGCAAUGAAUUUUUAACCAUCUCAGACUCCAAGGAGAACAUUAGUGUUGCAUUGACUGAUGGGAAAGAUAGGGGGACUGUCUUACAACCUGAGGAGAGCCUGUUGGACCCCUUUGGUGCCAAGCCCUUCCAUUCUCCAGACCUGUCAUGGCACCCUCCACAUCAGGGCCUGAGCGACAUCCGUGCUGAUCACAAUACCGUCCUGCCUGGGCGGCCAAGACAAAAUUCACUACAUGGGUCAUUCCAUAGUGCAGAUGUAUUGAAAAUGGAUGAUUUUGGUGCCGUGCCCUUUACAGAACUUGUGGUGCAAAGCAUCACUCCACAUCAGUCCCAACAGUCCCAACCAGUCGAAUUAGACCCAUUUGGUGCUGCUCCAUUUCCUUCUAAACAGUAGAUACUUCUGAUGGAUUCUUGGCAUUAACUCCUGUUUCAAAAAAGUAUGAAUAGUUUUAUGAAUUUGAAAAGAAAAUUUGAUAGCUCUUUAUAUCAUUCUUAAAGAUCAAUCAGAAUAGGUGAUUUUAAAAUAAACCAAAUAGAAAAAUGAAGUAUCUCUACAGGGUAGUAACUUGAUGCCUCUUCCAAGCAGGAGAAAAGGGAGCUAAAUUGCAAGCUCUAAUGAGUUUCUGCUAUUGACAUCACAACACAGAAAUGCAAGUGUGGUACUUCCGGUGAAAGUACAUGGCACCUUUCCAGGUGUGUAGCCACUGAGAAGGGACAGUAAAACUGUUAUUUUUGAUACCAGAAUGUCAUUUUUGUGUGCAUAUCCCUAAAAUUAGGGUUAUUUGUACAUAUACUAGUUAUGCUUGUGAAUUUUUUUUAAGGUCUCUUCUAAUUUCCACACAGUUAAAAUCAAUCUAGUUCUCUUAAAGCAUUAGAAAGUUAUUAUCUGGAGAGUGCAGAGAUUUCAGUGCAUACACCUUUCUCCACAAAGCAGAGCCAGAAGUAACUGACAAUUGUGCCUAAAACUCUCAUUUUUAAAAACAAGUGCCAUUAAUAUGGAAUAUGUAGAUAAACAUGAAAUAAUGUGUAUGUUAAUUAGCUCAACUUAGCUGUUUCACAAUUUACAUAUU